UACGUUUCGGCACGUUUGUCGUUUACGCGGUCUUCUUUCUUCUUUAGUUUCAGAAUUACUUAAAUUAAUUAAUUAAGUAUUAAAUUAAUAAACUUGAUAAAACUGUAAAACAAUGCGAUUUUCAAUCAAACAAACAGGCUGCGGUAGCGAGCGUAUUGGUAACCUCACCGGUUUCCUUAAAUCACCCGGCGCUGAAAUCGAGACACCUACGACUGCAUUGUUCACUCAGGGAGGCAGCAUCGUGCAUUUAACAGCUGAAGUUUUGUCUCAAGUGUUCUCCAAUACGAAAUUACUAUGGCUACCACUUUCCAAUUCAAUACAUUUAGAAACUGGUGUGAAAGUACAAAAUGAUGGAGUGGCAAAGUUUGCUGGUUUGCAGGGACAUGCAACUUGUACUACAUUGCAUAGUUUGUCUGAGAGUACACCGAUGGGGCACUUUGAGCUUGAUAGAGUACCCUUGUGGACAAAAAAUGGGAAGAAAAUGAUUUCAGCUGAUAGAUAUAUGGAUGUAAUGGAAAUAUUCAAACCAGACAUAAUUUUGGCGAUUGCAGAUGGCCGCACAUCAAUAAAUGAAGGGGGCAAGCGUUUAUCCAAGUCAGUGGAAAGGAGUUAUACCAUGCUCAAAACUUGUGUGGACAGAUGUAAGACAUCGAAAGAGCUGCAGAACAGUUCUCUUGUUGGAGUUGUAGUAGGUUCUGGAAGUGAAAAGAAACUCGAUGAUAGUAUUAGUAAUACAUUGAAACAUGUGGAUAGUCUGACUGGGAUUGCUCUUCAAGGUAUUGUGGAUGGGACGGAAGAAACCAUGGACAUUGAUUCAGAAAUUUUGAAUAAGCUGUUAGAUAAAGUUGGAAAAGCAUUCCCAAAAGACUUGGUUCGCAUAUUUGAAGGACAUUGGAACCCCAGUGUAGUAUUAUCAGCUGUGGAACAGGGCUGGGACUUGUUUGAUGGGUCGUACCCUGUGAAGCUAACUAACAUGGGGGUUGCCUUGAAGUUGAACUUUGACAUUACCAAAGAUAAUGAUACAAUGUACCUGCUAGAUAUGAUUGAUGAAAGAUAUAAAGAAGAUUUCACUCCAAUUUUGGGAGGAUGUGAAUGUCUAGCGUGUAGAAAACAUACGCGUGCAUAUAUAAGACACUUGUUAAACACGCGAGAAAUGUUGGCCUCUGUGUUACUAAGCAUACAUAAUCUCCAUCACUUCGACCAAAUGUUCUGCCACGCUCGUCAACACAUCGCCUCAAAUACGUUUGCAGUAUUCAAGCAACACAUUACAAAGCAGUGUGAAAUGCUGAAGGACUUCGCACCAUAUCGAUAUAAGGCCCAAAAUGGACCCAAUGUACAGACAGAAAAGCCAAGCUCCAAAAAGAAAAAGCAAAGACUAGUGAGUGAAGUGAAAAGUAAUAAUGGUAGUUAAAUGUAUUGUAUUUAUAUAUGGAAAUGGAUAUAUAUGUUGUCCCAUAUCAAACAUUAUCUAUUGAAAGGAAAAUCUGAUGUAAAAAAGGCAAUAUGCAUGUAUUUUUGAUAUUAUUAAUUGAUUUCUGACUUAUCAGCUAUAAUUAAGUUAAAUCACCAAAAACGUUUUCUAAAAAACUAAAAUAAUGUAUAGCUUGGCAACUUCGUUAGUAACACUCCUGAUGUUCCGCGCCGGCCGGGGGGUGUGUAACGAUGAAUGAAAAACCCACGACUGAUGCACGUCACUUCCCCGCACUUACGAUUUUACACCUGCGCAGUCUAUCCCCCUGUCGCCCGCAUAUCAUGGGAGUGUUAUCAACGAACUUGCCAGACAUUUAAAACACCACCAUUUUAGCGCACCAUGAGGUGAACUAUGACGUCAAAAAUAACAAACACACUUUUUAAUUGUAAAUGUGGAAAAAUAUGUCACUUUUCGAACCAGAGCUGAUAUUUCUUUACUAUUAUUAAAUUAAUUAACAAAAGAAAAUAUCUGACCUUAAUUCAAAUAACAUGCAUAUUGACAAUUGAUUUAGAAUUUUUCGACUAUUCGAGAACCUGUAUUUUUUUUAAAUUAAACCUUUAGUUAAAUUAUUGUAUGUCUUGAGUGAUAUGUCAUCUCGUUAAACGGUCACUUUGUGACAAAAAAACAAACAUUUAAAGAAACUUCACACAGGCACACAUUGCUUUUUAAUAUUAAAAUUUGUCAUUGUAUUUGUUUUCCGUACUGUCUCUUAGACUGUCACUGUCUCUUAGAUUUAAAAUUAUAAACAGUAAUAAGUAGAUUUUGUUUGUUCGAACGAAUUUUGAAUUCUAGCGGGACUAAAAAACUGCCUAUCUUUACAUAUUAUAUAUGUGUAUAUAUUUGAAUCUAUUUGUGUAAGUAUACUCUAUAUAGAUAGAUUAGAAGUAUUGUAGAAUUUACUACCUAAUUUAUGAUACCUACUGUACCAGUAAUUUUUUUAUUUGUAUAUUGUGUUAGAAGUGUUAGAACAUACCGAUAGCGUUAUUUAUUUGUAGCUAAGUAUUAAUUUAUUAUUAUUUAUAUUUCUACUUGUCGUUUAGAAUGUUUUUAAAAUUCCACUGUUCAUUCUAAAUGAAAUCGUGAUAUAAGCAGAAUGUUGAUUUGAGUUGGUGCAUAAAAUUAAUAAUUUUCUUGAUUAUUAUGAACAUAAUGGUGAUAAUCGUAUAUGGAUUAUCUCCAUUAAUUAUUAAUUAAUAUUAUAAAUUCGAAAGUUAGUCUGUCUGUCUGUCGUCUUUCACAGCUAAACCACUAUUCCAAUGUUGAUGAAAUUCGAUAUAGAGAUAAAUUGGACCUUGGGGUAGAACAUAGGUAUACUUUUUACCCCCGAAAAUUCCAUGGUUCCCGGGAUUUGUAAAAACAGAAUUUCACGCGAACGACGUCGCGGGUAUCUUUGUAAAGGACUAGCAGAACCGUGAGGUUUCGCCCAUUUAGUUCCCAUUGCCGUGGAAAUACGGGGGUCAAAUAUAGCCUUAUUUUAUUCACUGAUAAUGUAGCUUUCCGUUGAUGAAAAUAUUUUUUUAUAGCCCAGUAGCUUCAGAACCGAAUACCGUAUUCGUAUUUUCGAACAAACGAAGAUUCAAAUUACCUCUUUAUAAUAUCAGUAUAGAUCGAGUUCACUAUCUUUAACUAGAAUUCUUACUUGAUACAGUAAAAAAUAUUCACAUAUUACUCAAUAGUUUUCUAAAAGUUAUGAUUGGCUUAAUUUCAAAUUGUUUAGAUUGGCGAAGCCUUCAACUUCAUUGUAUUGCAUUAGUAAAGUAAAAAGAAAUGGAUUUUAUUAGUUGUUUUUUUUAUAAUUUAAUUUAAUUAUUUAUUAGUUUUAGUUUAUCGUUAGUAUUAAGUGCUGUGAAGAACCAAAAUUAAUCAUUUUGAACCAAUAAUUAGUACAACAAACCUACCUAAUAUUCUGUUAUAAGUUUUCGCAUAAUAUGAUUGUGUUAGUGUAUAAGUUUAAAUAUAAUAUUGUGUGUGUGUGGUAGCAUAUAAGUAAUUUUUUUUUAAAAGUAAUUGAGUAAAAAAAACUUAUGAAUUUUCGAAAAAUAAGCAUUUUAUGUGGAAAUCAUAUAUACUCCGCGCCACGAAAGAAGUCCCGCGGCUAAAACCUGAACUAAAAUUGACAGCGCCUUACACAAAUGACAAUACGACCGCCAUUACCAAAUAACGAAGAACCAAUGGACGCUGGGGUCCCAAGGUGCUGGAAAGACGACCCCGCACUAAAAAGCGCAGUGUUGGUCGACCCCCUACCAGGCAACAAGCGAGUCGCAGGGAUUCGCUGGAUGCAGGCGGCUCAGGAUCGUGAUGUUUGGAAGUCCCUACAAAAGGCCUAUGUCUUGCAGUGGGCGUCCAUUGGCUGAUUUGAUGAUGAUAAAGCUUAACACCUAUGCCUGAGGUUGAUGGUUUGCACAAUAUAGGAUGUUUCACUAUAGCUUGGCAACUUCGUUCGUAACACUCCCAAUGUUGCGCGCGGGGUGGGCAGCGUGUAGCGAUGAAUGAAAAACCCACGACUGGUGCUCGUCACUUCUCCGCACGCACUAUUUCACACCCGCACAGUCUUUCCGCCCGUCGCCCGCAUAUCAUGGGAGCCUUAUCAACGAUCUUGCCAGGCUAUAAUAUGCACUGUGCAGUUAUACUUUGUGAAAUUUUCCAUCUAACAUCAGGUGGGACGGUGUACUUAAUCCCUCAACUAUCACUAUAUAAAGUGAAUACAUAAAGACAUACAGAUUACAAAUCAAACAAAAAUUUCGAUGAUGCAUUUUCAGUGUGUUAACAUUACAAUUGUUUAAAGUUAUUUAACUUAGUUAUCUAAUAUUUAACUAAGUUACAUAACUUGAAAAAAUUCAACUUCAAUAUGCAUACAUAUAAGACUUUAAUGUUACCUAUGUGAUAGGUAAAUAAAUUUAUUAUAACUG